UACUUCAUCAAUGGGAGAAGUGAGAGCAUUGAGUAUAAACUAGAGAAGCUGAGCAAACACUACUCCGCCGUCGAGCCAGACGUUGAUGGCAUUCUAUUACCGCACUCGUCGUGCAUUUCCCGUUUUCCGGUGGCGGCGUCACCUUUCUUCUUCUUCUUCUUCUUCUUCAUCAUCCAAAGUUCCUCUUCUUUGGGAAUCUAAAUCCACAGACUCACAACAAUCAGUCACUGUCCAACUAUAUUCCUGGGGACGUGGUGCUUCCGGUCAAUUGGGUGGCGGUAUUGAAGAAAUUAGAAUAUACCCAUCUCCUGUUGCUUCAUUUUCUUUGUCUCCCACUUUCCGGUUAUCCUCCCCCAUUCCUGGUCGUCUUCCUUCUGCUCCUGUGCUGCUGCCGUCUUCAUUUAAUGAGGGAAAGGUGGACGUUGAAAUAGGAAUUUCUUGUGGGCUUUUCCAUUCAGCUUUAUUGGUUGAUGGGAAUCUAUGGAUUUGGGGAAAAGGUGAUGGGGGUCGUCUUGGGUUUGGCCAUGAGAACCCGGUUUUUGUUCCUACGUUGAAUACUCAUUUGGACUCGGUUCGAAGUGUUGCUCUUGGUGGGCUUCAUUCAGUCGCUCUUAACUCUCUUGGGCAGGUCUUCACUUGGGGUUACGGUGGCUUUGGCGCUCUUGGUCAUAAAGUUUAUCAUAGAGAGCUGGUCCCUAGAUUAGUUGAGGGCUCUUGGGAUGCAGAAAUAUGCCAUGUUGCAACCAGUGGGACUCAUACAGCUGCUAUAACAAAAUCAGGUGAACUUUAUACUUGGGGACGAGAUGAAGGGGAUGGUCGAUUGGGCCUUGGUCCAGGUCGAGGCCCAAAUGAAGCAGGUGGUCUUAGCAUCCCUUUAAAAGUAAAAUCACUUCCUACAAGCGUAGCUGCUGUUUCAUGUGGUGGGUUUUUUACAAUGGCACUUUCAGAAGAGGGAGAGCUUUGGAAUUGGGGAGCCAAUUCAAACUAUGAGCUUGGAAGAGGUGACAAAUUAGGUGGUUGGAAACCGCAACCAGUUCCAAGCCUUAAAGGUGUUCGUGUUGUUCAGAUAGCUAGUGGGGGAUAUCAUUCUCUAGCUUUGACUGAUAAAGGAGAAGUGCUUUCAUGGGGUCAUGGAGGCCAUGGUCAACUGGGUAAUUCUUCUCUUCAAAACCAGAAAGUCCCUAUCCAAGUUGAGGCUUUGGCCCACGAGAAAGUCAUCUAUAUAUCUUGUGGAGGUUCAUCGUCGGCAGCUAUAACAGAUGGUGGGAAACUAUACAUGUGGGGCAAUGCAAAAGAUUGUCAACUGGGUGUUCCGGGAUUGCCGGAGAAACAGUCAACUCCUAUUGAAGUCAAGUUUCUUAUGGAGGAUGAUGGACUUGGAUACCAUAACGUGCUUUCAGUAGCCAUCGGUGCUUCUCAUGCCAUGUGCUUGGUUUCCAGGUCAGGUCACUUAAAGUGUUGAAAAAGGAUCACUCUGGUUGUAUAAUGACUCAAUAGCAAUGAAGCAGUUUUCUGCAGCUUUUUAUCUGGUAAAAUACCAGGUUAAAUUUAGAGUUUAGUCCAUUUGGGAUGAUUAUUGUUCCAGGAACUUUGUUUUCACCUAACAAGAGAUCUCCACAGUUUUGAGUUUUUUUGUUGACUUAGGUACUCCGAAAUAAAUGAAUGUUGAGAUGCUUAUUAAUCACCAAAGUAGCGGCUAGGAUUAGGGCACAGUACGUGUGUGCCUUUCACAGGCUUAUCAUUGUCAUAUAGGUUUGUGACAAAGCAGCUUUUGAGCUCUGAAUGUUGUAAAGAGAUAACCAAGGCUCUUCCUAGGAAAUGUUUAGCAUCAUCUUGAUUAGGUCUCUUGAUGAUCAGUUUCCUUGACAUGUUGAUGCUAGUUUUGUAAGUGGUGAACCUGAAAGACAGAAGAGAAUUCCUGUUAAGUUUUCAACAUUUGUUUGUAUAAAUGCUAUUUGAGUUGCUAUCUGCAAAAACUCAUUUUGAUGAU